AUGGCCCCAGUUGCAUGGUGGGACAACUUUGGUAAUGGAACUAUAGAACUUCAAAGGCUUGCAAUCCGAGUCCUCAGCCAAUGUUGCAGUGCAACAGGGUGCGAAAGGAACUGGGAUACAUUCAAAGAUCUCCAUUCCAGGAAGCUAAUAAGCAGGCUUGAGCGUUCAAGGUUAAGUGAUGUUGUCUUUGUUAGGUAUAAUCUGAAGCUCCGAGAAAGAAACCAGCGUAAGCUUAAGGAUGCCAUAGAUCCUAUCAGCCUGGACAACAUCGAUGUUUUGGAUGAGUGGGUCAGUGAAGAACCUAGCCUUCUCUGCAGAGACGACCUGAACUGGGAGAGCGUAGACGCGCCAUUUGCCGAACCAACUUCGGACAACGACGAAGAGUUCGUCGCCAUCGACAACGGCGAGGAAGCCCCAAUGGCGGCACUGUCGUGGCCAGCAGCAGAUGAUUUGUACUGCCCACAGCCAGAUCAGGACCCCUACCUGUAUGUCACCCAAGAUUGCGAAACCUGA